UCGUCAUCCAUCUGGGCUUGUCGGAACACACAGGUCCUGGUCAUGGAGCUGGCUCAUAGCUUGCUGCUCAAUGAGGAUGCUUUAGCCCAGAUCACUGAAGCAAAGAGGCCUGUCUUCAUAUUUGAAUGGCUGCGUUUCUUGGACAAAGUGCUUGUUGCAGCAAAGAAGGUGGAUGUGAAGGAGAAGCAGAAAAAGUUAGUCGAACAGUUGACGGGAUUGAUCAGCAGCGCCCCUGGGCCACCAACAAGAAAACUGCUGGCUAAAAAUCUUGCCACGCUCUACAGCAUUGGUGACACAUUCACUGUCUUCCAGACUCUGGAUAAGUGCAAUGAUAUCAUUAAAAGCAAAGAUGACACACCUGCAUACUUGCCAACAAAACUUGCUGCAGUGGCUUGUGUUGGAGCGUUUUACGAGAAGAUGGGUAGGAUGCUGGGAAGCUCCUUUCCUGACACCAUUAAUAAUCUUUUGAGGGCAUUAAAGAGUGCAGAGUCUCAAGGCAGAGGAGAGAUUCUUCUCAGCCUGCAGAAGGUUCUCAGUGGACUGGGUGGUGCUGCAGCUUCAUGUCACAGAGAUAUCUACAAGAAUGCUCGCUCUCUUCUCACAGACAGAUCCAUGGCUGUGCGGUGUGCAGUAGCAAAGUGUCUGUUGGAGCUGCAGAAUGAGGCAGUAUUCAUGUGGACCACAGAACUAGAGAACGUGGCCACACUGUGUUUCAAAGCUUUGGAAGGAUCGAACUAUGGUGUACGUGUAGAAGUGGCCAAACUGCUGGGCACAGUCAUGGCCACGGCCCUGAUGCCCAAACAAGCAGCUGUGAUGCGUCAGAAUGUGAAGAGGGCCACUCUGGAGGAAGUUCUGGAAAUAAUGGCCACUGGCUUUCUGCGUGGUGGAUCUGGUUUUCUGAAGAGUGGUGGGGAGAUGCUAAAGGGGGGAGGCUCUGUCAGCAGGGAGGUGCGGGUGGGCGUCACACAGGCCUAUGUUGUAUUUGUGACUACACUUGGUGGCCAGUGGCUUGAGCGCAACUUUGCCACUUUCUUGUCCCAUGUUUUGGACCUAGUGUCUCACCCGCGCGCCACACAGACUCAUGUAGAGGCUGUGUACUCACGCCGCUGUGUGUCCUUCAUGCUACGAGCUACCCUUGGAGGAUUGCUUGGAGAGAAAGCUCAAAUUGCUGCGGGAAAAGAAAUCUGCCAAGCUAUCAGCAAGCAAAUGAGGGCUGUGGGUAAGGAGGAUGGGGGGGAAAUGUCACGGUUCAGAGCAUUGCAGAGUAAGUACUCAUCCAUUGUUAUUUUUUUCAGUUCCAAUUCAUCAUUUAUUCAGUCCUCUAAAAUGUUUGCAUGGUUUGAGCUUGUCUUGUGUACACAUCUACUGACAUUACGAUUCCUUUCUUCUGUAGCAAUGCGUAGUUUUGUGGCCCACUGCCCUGAAUUACUUACAGAAGAUGUGAUUCGGAGGCUGAUGACUCCCAUCGACUGUGCGAUGACAAUGUUGUCUCAUGUCCCUGCUAUCAUUAAGGUCCAUGGGGCUCAUCUGAAAGCAAGUGCAGCGAUGGUGAGGCUGAGGUUAUAUGACAUCUUGGCUCUCUUGCCACCUAAGACAUAUGAAGGCAGCUUUAAUGCCCUUCUGAGGGAACUUGUGGCUGAGUUCACUUUGACUGACAACUCUGCCAACACUACCACCUCCUUACUGCGCUCCCUCUGUCACUAUGACGACAGCGUGCUCAUGGGUUCCUGGCUACAGGAGACAGACCACAAAUCAAUAGAGGAUCAGCUACAGCCCAACAGUGCUUCUGGCAGUGGCGCUCUUGAGCAUGAUCCGUCUUCCAUUUACCUUCGUGUUCCUGUCGGUGAGGCUGUUCCAGGGCCUCUACCUUUGGGCGUGUCAGUCAUUGACGCCUCAGUGGCUCUAUUUGGGGUGGUUUUUCCCCAUGUCUCCUUCAAACACAGGCUACAAAUGCUCGACCAUUUUGCAGAGUGUAUAAAGCAGGCAAAGGGAGUUCGACAGCAAGCUGUCCAGCUGAACAUCUUUACUGCAGUGCUUAGUGCCCUCAAGGGCUUAGCUGAGAACAAAAGUACUCUUGGUCCUGAAGAGGUACGUAAGUCUGCCUUGGCCCUGGUGAUGGGAGCUUUGGACAAUCCCAACCCCAUUCUUCGCUGUGCUGCGGGAGAGGCUUUGGGCAGGAUGGCUCAGGUGGUGGGAGAGGCCACCUUUAUUGCCAGAAUGGCACAGACCAGCUUUGACAAGCUCAAGUCGGCUCGUGAUGUUGUGUCAAGGACAGGCCAUUCUCUCGCUCUUGGUUGUCUGCAUCGAUAUGUUGGAGGAAUUGGCUCAGGUCAACACUUGAAGACCAGUGUCAGCAUCCUGUUGGCUCUAGCUCAGGAUGGGACCUCUCAUGAAGUCCAGACAUGGGCGCUUCACUCUCUCGCUCUGAUUGUGGACUCCAGUGGUCCCAUGUACAGAGGAUACGUGGAGCCCACCCUGUCCCUGGUGCUGACUCUGCUCCUCACUGUGCCUCCAUCUCACACAGAGGUGCACCAGUGUUUGGGCCGCUGCCUGGGAGCUCUCAUCACCACUGUGGGACCAGAAUUACAGGGAAACGGUGCGACUAUAUCUACCAUCCGCUCGUCGUGCCUGGUUGGUUGUGCCAUAAUGCAAGACCACUCUGAUUCCCUGGUGCAGGCAGCUGCGAUCUCAUGUCUGCAGCAGCUGCAUAUGUUUGCUCCCCGCCACGUUAACCUGUCCAGCUUGGUGCCCUGUCUUUGUGUGCACCUGUACAGCUCUCACCUAUUGCUGCGCCGUGCUGCCGUGGCCUGCUUGAGACAGCUUGCUCAGAGAGAGGCGGCAGAGGUAUGCGAGUAUGCAAUGAGCCUAGCGAAGAGGGCAGGAGACGGCAAAGACAGCACCACUAUCAACCUGAACAUUACAGAGACGGGCCUAGAGGGGGUGCUGUUUGGCAUGCUGGAUCGGGAGACAGACAGGAAGCUGUGUUCUGAUAUCCAUGACACACUGGGUCACAUGCUCUCAUCUCUUGCUGUGGAAAAACUUUCUCAUUGGCUGAAACUCUGCAAGGAUGUAUUGGCAGCAACUACAGAUGUGGGAGUAGCUGUUGCAUUUGAAGUGGAAAAGGACGAAGAAGACACUGAGAAAAAAGACGAAAUGGAUGAUGACACCAUGUUUACUGGUUUGGGUGAAGAUGACAAGUCGAAGCCUUCUGUGGCACCGCGGUGGAUGACGAGGGUGUUUGCUGCAGACUGUUUGUGUCGCAUCAUUCUUCUGUGUGAGAAUGCAGACAAGGCGCACUUUGACCUGGCAGCUGCCCGCUCUGCACAAGCUAAGAAUCCCAAAGGAGAUCUGCUGGUACUUCAUUUAUCUGACCUCAUUCGCAUGGCUUUCAUGGCAGCCACAGACCACAGUAACCAGCUCAGGAUGGCUGGCCUGCAGGCCUUAGAGGACAUCAUUAAGAAGUUUGCUGCUGUACCAGAGCCUGAGUUCCCAGGGCAUGUUAUUUUGGAACAGUACCAGGCCAAUGUUGGAGCUGCACUCAGUCCUGCGUUUUCCCCUGAUACACCAUCUGACAUAACGGCUAAGGCAUGCCAGGUGUGCAGUACCUGGAUUGGUAGUGGUGUGGUUAGCGACCUCAGUGACUUGCGGCGAGUCCACAACCUGCUUGUGUCAUCACUGGACAAAGUACAAACUGGGAGGGGCUCUUCCAUCCAACUAUACAGUGAAAGUGCCACUACCAUGGAGAAACUGGCCGUGCUGAAGGCAUGGGCUGAGGUGUAUGUUGUAGCAAUGAAGAUCAAGAAAGAAGCAGAGUCUAAGCCUGCCAAACCAGUCCGAGGUGGAGAUGAUGAUGAUGAUGAUGAUGAUCUGAGUGCCGAUGUGCUUCCACCUGACAGCCUCAUUACCUUGGUGCAGCCUGAGCUGCCUUCGCUCAGCCGCCUGUGGCUUGCAAUGCUUAGAGACUACGCUCUGCUCACUCUGCCACCAGAGUUUUCCAGUCAGCUGCCGCCUGAUGGUGGAGCUUUUUACACUCCAGAGACCAUAGACACAGCACGUCUCCACUACCGUAGCUCAUGGGCCCCUGUCCUUCAUGCUGUAGCCCUGUGGCUGAAUAACACAGGAUUUGGAGCUGGUGACGAGAAAGAAGAGGUCCCUUCAGCCACCUCUAGGCCUCCCAGUUUCCCACAAGGAACUCCAGCCACCAAGAGCUUUGAGGAGUUGGUCAAUGACAGAAUGCAUCUAAUGUUGGGUGUCAGUAUUGAGUUUCUCUGCUUCCCGCGACCUGAAGAGCCCAUUGAGCAUGUGAUGUCAUGCCUGCAGGCCUUGAGCACUCUGCUAGAGUCUCCUUGUGCUAAGGCUCAUGUCGCAGAGGACCAGCUGUUGGCAGUAGAGCUCCUGAACGUGCUCCAUAGACUACUCUUAACCCGAGACCCACUGGCUGUACAGCUCCAGGUCACUGCUGUAGUACAGGAGACUAUCAAAGCUGCUCAGGUUCACCUUCAGCGACCAAAGCCCAGCCAGGGCAAAGAUGAAGAACAGGAGAAAGACUCUCAUUCUACCUUAGGAGAAGGAGGAGAAACUGGAGAGCUCAUCCCUGGCAAGUCUCUGGUGUUUGCAGCCAUGGAGCUGCUGGUGUUCAUCUUGGUGCGCCAUUUGCCACAACUUAACAUGCGUGUGAAGGAGUCACCAAGCCACAUGCCACUUAGGCCCCAGAGUUUACCUGAAGAGAGCGCACGCCUGGUGGCAAACACUGUUUCCAUCUUGGCAGACCUGCCUUCUCUCUGCUCCCCUGCAGGAAGCAUGACCAUCCUACCUACUGUGUUAUUCUUAAUCACUGGGGUGCUGAAGGAAACUGCUGUGAAGACAACAGACAACUCUGUUCCUGCUCCUGUAUCAGCUGCCCUGCAGGGCAUUAAGACAGUCAUUACGUCCCCAGUGGCUCAGGUGGAGAGUGUGCAGACGCAGUGGACCAGCCUUGUGAGGAGCAGCCUCGCCUCCAUACUUGAGUAUUCUCAGCCAGACGAGUCCAGGCCUAACAUGGACGAGGUCAGUAUGCUGACAGCGAUGACACUCUUCCUGCUAUCUGCCAGUAAUGAGCUUGUAGGAGUAACUGUCCUGCAGAAGGGCUGCAUGGACCGCUUCAGAAAUGCGCUCAACUCGAGUGAUCCUGGAGUUCAGGCCCGGUGUUACCAGUUGCUGCUAUCAGUGUUUCAGCACUCCAGCCGUGCCCUAUCUACUCCUUACAUCCACACGCUAGCUCCACUCAUGGUAGAGAAACUAAAGGCAGUGGAGCGCUGCCGGCCAGGGACUGCUCCUGAAUUACAGGCUGUGCAGGAGGGCGUCAGGGUUCUCGAGGCUCUUGUCGGCAUGGGUGAAGAACAGAACCGGGUGCAGCUGCUGGCUCUACUGGUACCAACUCUCAUCUCUUACCUUUUAGAUGAAAACACCCUGUCAUCAGUGCCACAUAUAUCCAAAUGCCUGCAUGAUUUUGCACUUCAGAACUUAAUGCGGAUUGGCCCCCUCUAUCCAGCUGCCUUCAAAAUUGUUAUUAGUGCAGCACCUGAGCUUAAAACACGACUGGAAUCUGCAAUACGGGCCAACCAGGCUAGCAGCAAAGCCAAAGCUGCAGCUCGGAAAGCUCAGCCAACUGUGCAAGCUGCACCAACCAUCAAACUCAAGAAGAGUUUCUUCUGAAAACAAAAAUCUACCGUAUACUCUCACAGCCCAAGACAAUGUUCUUAUUGCUUUUCUUUUCUUUGAAUACAGUGUGAUGUCAUACUUGAAGCAAGUCCAUGUAUUUAUUUAUUCUCCACAUUAUCAGUUUUUGAUGGCUAAAAGCUGUUUACUUCGUCAGGAAGACAGUUGUGUAAAUAUUAUUUAAAAUCUUUGAAAGUUCACUUUAAAAAGUUCACCUUGAAUUUUAUAGAAAAAAAAUAUUGUGUGAAUGUAUCCAUUGCAGACAUGAUGCACAUGUUCCACACAGUUGAUAAACUGGGGCAAAGUCGUAACCCCCUCCCGCUAUUUCUGAAAGUGCUUUUGAUGUCAGAACAAGACUCUAUAUUCAUCUCAGCUGCCUGGCAACUUUGCAGAUGAUUUUGUUUGAAAUGGAUUAGGGUUGGGUUUAGAAUAAGGGUCUGGGUUAGGAUAUAAUUUUUGUUAAAUUGAUUAAACAUUUGUAAAUUUGAACAAUACUUCCGCUUUGGGACCAUGGCUUUGCACACAUCCAGGAGUUUUGCACAGUAGCACCAUUCCGAUUAUGGACCAGGUCCCAUUUGAGAAGAGUUCAGAUUUGCAAAUUGAGCAGAACACACAUAUGCAUAGGGAUAAUAUUAAAUGAUAUUCCAUGCCUUUUUAUUAAAAAUUCCUUUUUGGUAUUGCCAUCCCUCACAAUCUCAAAUUGUUUAGCGGUCCAUGUCAGGUUUUUUUUUUUUUUUUUUUAGUUAGUACAACCUUGUUAUUCCUCUUAAAUUUAUUUCAGUCAUCUUUUUAAUUAUGUCAUGAAGCUGAGAUAUAGAUGGGUACAUCUGUGUUGUAGUAUUGUAAUGAUUGUUAUACACAUUCCUAUGAAGCGUUCUAAAAUGUUACAAAGAAGUUAAUUAUUAAAUUUAGUUAGUAGGAAUAUCACAUGAUUCCAGUUUUGAAAAAUCUUUUUAAACAGAAUUUGUUUCUGCAGUGACAAUGAUUUCAUUGUCACCGUAGGUCUCAUGUUGAGAAAUGGGAGCAUUAAGCUCUGUUAAUUGAAUGUGCUACAUAUCACAUUUCUUUAUUUUAUUUGAAUUUAAUGGUUGCAACAGCUGUUACAGUUUGCUCAAAUGGCUCUGUCAUUCUUUAAAGUUGUCAAUAAAGAUGGUUUGACCUCCCUAUU